AUGUUGGGCUGGAGAACCAAUUAUUGGGGGCCUCUUAACUACAUUCAAACCCAAAUCAUAGGCAUGUUGUUGGCCUACGCUGUCAGAUAUCAUCCGAAAGCAUACUUAGGCGGACCUAUAGGUCAUGUGAUCAUUUGGUUGACCACUUUCUCGAUAACAUUGGGUCAUAUGUAUUGGCAAAAGGAUAUGAUCAUGCCCGGUUUUGAAUAUGGCCCAUACGAACAAUAUCUCUAUCUAUUUUUUCACAAACCAUUAUAUCUAUCGUGGUUUGCAUGGCUUAUAUACGGCACGUCUACUGGCAGAUGGGGUUUUCUAAAUGACAUAAUUGGUUGGAAAGGGUUUAAAGUAGUCGAUAACAUGUCACUCGAGAUCUAUAUU